CAUGCUUUGUGGAUACAUCAGUUUUUCAGACUUGCAAUUAUUUGUCUAAAUGCAUCCAUUAAUUGCUUUUCACACAUUGGUACUUGAUAAAAUACAAGUGGUGGAUUGCUCGAAGUCUCAAUAUCUUAGUAACAUAAAAGUCAGAGCAAGACCUGAAACCUGUUGUAUAAUAUUUGGGUCAGUUGAUUCCACCAUAUGCUGUCAUUGUUGUAGUAAACACAGGAGUAUUAGCCUCUCCAACAUUAACUUUGCUUACAGAGUGAAACCCUCAUUUGUAAGAGAUCUGUCCACCGUUGCAAAAUGCGAUCACAGUCCAUUGACCCUCAAUAGGCAGGCUUUUGGGUCUACAGUGGGGUCAUGAGACCGCUUUUAGAACAACACAGUGCUUUGCCACCCAAGCUGAACAGUAACAUACUCUAUAUGACAACCUUCAAACUUCAAAACUAGAUGUGAUAUCAAGGUGUGGGAUAGUUCUCAUCGCAUUUAAAGGCAUUCCCAUGUGGAACUAAUGCAAAUUCUGAGAAAGGUAUGUUCAAAUCAGGAGUAUGAGCAUGAAAAUUGUCAUUGAUUAGUCAGUGGUCAUUCAUUACUGGGCAAAUUGCAUAGUGUUUAGUGAAAGCGAAUGAUGUGUAGUGAAAGGGUAACUACCUCUCAGAUCAGGAGAGAGUGGUGCUGAUGAGAGUCACUGAGCUGGAGCUGAGAUCUGGAAUAUGAUGCUGUCACAUCGUGUUGGACGAGCGUGUCAUGUGCUUGUGCUGGUGUUGUGUCUGUCUGCGGCUGAGGACUUCGACUGGUCAGCGAACAACCACGACUCCUUCUAUUAUGGCACUUUUCCAAAUGGAUUUUCGUGGGGUGCCGGCGGUUCAGCCUAUCAAACAGAAGGAGCCUGGGACAAAGAUGGGAAAGGACUGAGUAUCUGGGAUGUGUUCACUCAUAAGAAGGGAAAGACAUUCCUGAAUGAUACUGGAGACUCUUCAUGUGAGGGAUACUACAAAAUCAAGGAUGAUAUUUCAUUGAUAAAAGAGCUGAAUCUAAAUCAUUAUCGGUUUUCCAUCUCCUGGCCCAGGAUCAUGCCAACUGGAAUCAGGUCUGACCACGUGAAUGAGAAAGGGGUGAAGUACUACAGCGCUCUUAUUGAUGAGCUGCUUGAACACAAUAUCACUCCUAUUGUGACCCUUUAUCACUGGGACCUGCCACAGGUUUUGCAGGAGAAAUAUGGCGGAUGGCAGAACAUCAGCAUGAUUAAUUUUUUCAACAACUUUGCCAAUCUUUGCUUUGAACGCUUUGGGGACCGUGUCAAAUACUGGAUAACUUUUAAUAACCCAUGGUCAGUAGCAGUGGAAGGAUAUGAAACUGGAGAACAUGCUCCUGGACUGAAGCUCAGGGGCACCGGAGCCUACAGAGCAGCUCACCACAUCAUUAAGGCACAUGCUAAGGUUUGGCACACUUACGACACCCAGUGGAGAAACAAACAAAAAGGUUUGGUUGGCAUUUCGCUAUCUGGGGACUGGGGAGAGCCUGUGGACAUUACUAACCAGAAAGACAUCGAAGCUGCAGAGAGAUAUGUCCAGUUUUACAUAGGCUGGUUUGCUACACCCAUCUUUCAUGGAGAUUAUCCUCAAGCGAUGAAGGAUUUCAUAGGGAGGAAAAGCGCACAACAGGGUUUGGGAACAUCUCGCCUUCCCACCUUUUCUUCUCAGGAGAAGAGUUACAUCAAAGGCACUUCUGACUUCCUAGGUGUGGGGCACUUCACCACACGCUACAUCACCCAAAAGAGCUUCCCUUCAAACCGUGGCUCCACCUACUUCUCAGAUCGGGAUGUAGCAGAACUGGUCGACCCACGUUGGCCUGAUCCUGGUUCAGAGUGGCUCUACUCGGUUCCUUGGGGCUUCCGCCGUCUGCUCAACUUCAUAAAGACUCAGUAUGGGAACCCCAUGAUCUUCAUCACUGAGAACGGGGUCUCAGAGAAAAUGAUGUGCACAGAACUGUGUGAUGACUGGAGGAUACAGUAUUACAAGGGUUACAUCAAUGAGAUGCUAAAAGCUAUUAGAGAUGGAGUGAAUGUGAAGGGGUACACUGCUUGGUCCCUUCUGGACAAGUUUGAGUGGGAUGAAGGCUAUUCAGAGAGGUUUGGCCUUUACUAUGUGGACUUCAGGAACAAAAAUAAGCCUCGCUACCCCAAGGCCUCUGUUCAGUUCUACAAACGCAUCAUUAAAUAUAAUGGAUUUCCCAAUCAAAGAGAGGUUGAGAACUGGAAGAGGAAAGCUACAGAGACUUGCUCCACCAGCAAUCAGCUCCUGGCUGCAGAGGAACAGCGGAAUACGGCUGCCAAUAUUCUAAGACUUAUUCAUGAUCCUUUAACCAGCCACAUGGAGAUGGUGACCGAGGUUGUGGUUCCCACAGUGUGCACCCUCUGCAUUUUGAUCAGUGCUGUCUUUCUCAUGUUCCUACUCCGCAAACGAAACUAACUCACUUUUUUUUUUUUAAAAAACUGAAUUUGGCCAUUGUUUCUUGGUUAAUAAUGUUUGCAUUGAGGAGGUUAAGGACACUUUGCUGAAUUGAAAUGAUAUAGGCAAACAGUCAUCUGCUUUUGGAAAUUAUUUAUCUCUUUGUGAACUAAGCUUUUUGUCCUAAACCCGGUUGAAGCUUAAAGUGCCCCCAUUUUGCCAGUUUAAGGCUCCUAAUACUGUUCUGGGAGUCUCCUACAAUAGGUUACAUUGUAUGCAUGCAGGAUGAAAAAUGCUUUUAUUUUCUUAAAAUAUGCUUUUAAUAACAAUUUUUCCAGCGAUUACUUCGAAACAUUUCUAAGAUUCAGCCUCUCUAAACCACGAGCUUACUCUGCUCUGAUUGGUCAGAUGGCCCAGUCUGUAGUGAUUAGUGUACCACAGAGCAGUCAUCUGACAUGUUUGUGGGCAGCGUUGUGUUGUUUGUGGCCAGCCAACAUAGAUGGGAAUUAUGCAAACAGAUUCAAAUGACUAAACAUCUUUAGGCUACAUAGAAUCGUUUCUUUAUUUUGGGAGAUAAUAACUUUAUUUAUCGUGCACUCUUGAAUUUAUUUCGCAGAUCAUUUACAUUCACAUACUACAUAACUACAUUAAACACUGAAUGAAAAUAUUGGAAAUGGCGUAAUAGGGGCGCUUUAAACUUCUGAAAACUCAAGUUAUUGCAUAUACACUACUAUUUAUAACUUCGGGGUCAGGGCGAUUUUUUUUCCCCCCCAAGAAAUACAGAUUUUUUAUUCUGCAAGAGUGCAUUAAUAUUGAUCAAAAGUGACAAUCUUAAAAAUCUACAAGAUUUUUUUUUUAAACUAAGGCUGCAGUUUUCAACUUUCUAUUAAUCAAAAACCCUAAAAAUGUAACAAUGUUUCCACGGAAAAAUUAUGCAGAACAGUUAUUUAAAAACUGUCAUAUUUUCACAGUACUGUUUUUGAAUGUAUUAGCAAAUAAAUGUAGGACCAGUGAUUGCGACUCUUCUUUAAAAACAAAAAAUGCCCCCAAACUUUUGAACAGUAUUGUGCAUAAACAAAUUAAAACCGUUCCAUUCAUUAAAUAAAUAAAUAAAUAAAUAAAUAUGCCAUUUGACAUUUGAAACAACAUUUUCUGUGAGUUCAUUUCUAUGAUAUGGA